GUGAUGUCUACAAAGCACUUAAGUACCGGCUAUCUACUGUUGCUCAAUUUAGUAUGCGCUCGCAUUUCGCGUUGAACAGUUAAUUAAAAUCGAUUUAAAUUCUUUACUAAGUUAAAUUGAAUACAUUUUGAAAAUGUUCAACUUGGAGCGUUGGUCAAAUUGCACAGCUGUGGUGACCGGUGCCAGUUCGGGCAUUGGUGUUGCCGUUGUCAAGGACUUGCUGAAGGCGAAUAUGCGCGUUGCUGGCUUGGCCAGGCGCAAGGAACGCAUGGAAGAAUGGCGUGCUACAUUGCCGGAAGAUGAGCAGAAACGUUUUCAUCCCGUCGCCUGUGAUGUCUCCUCAUUGGAGUCCGUGAAUGAAGCAUUCGAUUGGGUCAUUAAGAAUUUGAGCGGUGUCGAUGUGUUGAUUAAUAAUGCUGGUAUUUUUAAUACCGGUCAAGUCACCGAAAUGGAUCCAGCCGAAUUGCAACAAGUGUUGCAAACAAAUGUCAUGGGUGUGGUCUAUUGCACGCAACGCGCUUUCCGCUCCAUGCAGGAUCGCAGUGUUGAUGGUCAUGUGGUGAUCAUUAAUAGUGUUUUGGGACAUUAUUUGCCACAAUUGGAUCCACAAACGCCACCCUCUUCCAAUUUGUAUGCGCCCAGUAAAUAUGCGUUGACCGCUUUGACGGAGGUGUAUCGUCAGGAGUUCCGAGGAUUGGGUACCAGAGUGAAAAUCACUAGUGUCAGUCCCGGCUUGACCGAUACGGAUAUUGUGGCUGCACGUUCGCGUGGCGGUAAGAAGCCUAUACUGCAAUCAGAAGACGUUUCUCGCUGUGUUGCUUUUACUCUGUCGACACCAGCUCAUAUGCAGGUACAUGAGAUUACUGUGAAACCAAUGUUGGGCGAAUAGAAUGUGAUUCAAGUGGAAAAAAUAUGUGCAUAAUGCAUAUUCGUAGAUAUUACAGUCAAGUUCAAAGCUAUCGGCUUCUAUAGUUGUUAAAAUGUGAAAUAUUCAUACUAAAUAAAAGUAAAAAACAAACAUAAA